AUGACAACUAUUGAAGUUUACCCCGGGGAUGGUAGUGUCCUGGUCUCACAGGGUGUCAAGGCACAUUUUUUCACCCAUUAUAUUUUAAUGGGGGACCAGGUUUGUGGAAUGACUAAAAGAUAACUAAUUAAUAUUGAUCUGUAUGUUUUAGUAACUGGAAGAAGAUGUACUAAAUCUUGCACAAAACAACAAACAUAUCUGCAGAAAGCCUUUCAUCAACACUUUAUUCCUAGUCUGAUUCUAAUCUACUACUAUGAAAAUUUCUGUAUACUGGCAGAGCACUAAACAUCAAUGUAUGUUUUUAAAAAAAUGAUUUAUUUAAUAAGGGACAAACUAAUUGCCAGUAACUUUCUAAUCGUAACUGUAAAUAUUUGUAUUCCAAUUUUAUCCCUAACUCAAGUUUUGUUUUGCAGCUGGAAGAACGAACUUAUUCCCUGAAGUCUCUGCCACCUGGUAAACCUAAGGGAUUUCACUCUAUUGAAAAGUUAAUCAAAACUGCCAUCAGGUUGGUGGACAAGAUCAUGAAUGUUUUUUUUAUAAUUUUUUUUUUUAAAUAUUAAAAAACCAGUAUUUCUUCCUAAGAAUUUCAAGAAAGAUUCUAAAAAAAAAUAAUGUCAAAUAUCAAAGUCAAAGAACAAUUUUUUACUGCAAAACUUUUAAGAUGCCAAUCAGCAAUGAUUACAAAAUAUAAUUUUGUGUACGUUAACACAAUCAAUAUUCAAACUCUCAUUUGUUACAGAUACUUACCGUUCUUUUGCUGGUUUCUUGACAAAUUUUUUUUUUUGAUUGCUCAGAUUUUUGCAAUUAAACAGCCAAUGGGAAUCAAGA